AUGGACACCAUCUUGGUCUUUAGUCUAAUCAUUGCAUCCUAUGAUGCCAACAAGAAAGACCUCAGAGAUAGCAGUUGCCGAGUGGAACAGCUGCCUGGGCUCUUCUCAAAGGACGUGAGAAGCAUCGGAGAAUUGCAAAUGCAAGAAACUCACACAGAAACCAAAAGGACAACAUUCAUUCAAAAUCAGAGUAUAGCUACCUUGCAGUGCCUUGGCUCUGGCAGCAAAGUAAAAGUCAACCUUGUAUAUUUGGAGAGAAGGCCAAAGGUCAAGCAUAUUCUGAAGAACCUGAGAAUCAUUGCUACUCCCCACAGAAACAGCUCUGCCUCCUCAAGCUGUCACCUAAUUCCCACAUCCAAGUUUCAGACUGGAUCUCUACUAACAGGCAAAGCUUUUCUACCAGGGAUCUCACAAUGUAAAGUCUAUGCAGUGAUGGGGGCUUCAUCAGAGACUUUUUCCACCACCACCCCUUCUAUAACUCCUGGGAAUAAAGAAGAGAAAACUACAAGUACUGACACAGAUGAGAACCUAGAGAAGAGACAGAAAUGGAGUAUUGUGGUCAAAAUUCUGAUUGCUGUCACCCUGUUGCUCAGUGGAGUUGCCAUUAUAGUAUUUGUAAUUUUUGAAGUCCCAUGCCCUUGUCAAUGCCUAGGAGCCAGGGAGCUGUGCCAAUGCCAGCGGUUGUGGAGAUGGCAAAGGAAGGGAGGCCAGCCACCUGGGACAGCUGAAUUCAAGCUUGACCCUCAGCCUCAGAAGGAAAGUGUUGGACGAGAUGCUGCCAAUUCAUCAGACCCAAAGAAAGCUGCAGGGAUCACUGUUAUCCACCAGACAUACUUCUAA